AUGAAUUGGACUCAUUUCGAGAAAAGCGUAGUUCCGUCAACCCUCAUAAUCCGAGGCUUGCCACGUGUACAGGUGAGAACUCUAUCCAGACCAGCCCGAGAAGUCCCUGUCCGAGAGAUUGAGUACAUCGGCAAGAACCGGGAGAUCCGACAAUUCACGAUCGAGUACGCCCCGAAUGCGAAGCCCAAUGGAAUGUCUUCUCUGGAGAUAUCGUGUGGCGCAGGUGCUGCGGAAAUACCCAAAUUAUUGGAGAAACUGAAGUCUCUAAACGUCAACGAUGUCGGUGAUGUGAAGUUCAAAAGGUGUCCUCUACCGAGAAAUUUGACCUAUGGACAAAUUCUAGACGGUUCCGACAGGACUGUGACAAUUUUCAGUCUGAUAUCUCCGAUUCUUGAUUCGUCAGUAAUCCCAAAGAAGCCGUUCGAGGGUUUCGCGUCCUCAAUCAGGGAGCUGUCCAUCAUGGAAACAAAUUCAUCAGGAUCAAAAGCGCUCGAGAGCUUCGAAGAAGGUUUCUUCGAACCUUUCGGCAACCUCACGUUCUUGUCUCUGGUGCGGAACAGGAUAAACUCAACUGUCGCAUUGCAGCCCAUCCCGCACCUCAAAGAGCUGAAUCUGAGUGAAAAUCCCUUGAAAAACCUCUCGGCCGGAACAUUCCAGAACUUGACAGAGCUGCGUUGGCUUGUUCUUGUCGGCUGCAGAAUAGAGUCCAUUGACAGAAACGCGUUCGCGACCCUCGGCGACCUAAAGCUGAUCGACCUAUUCAAGAACUCCCUGACGGAGCUCCCUUCGGAUUUGUUCAAGAAUACCCUGCAACUGGGGGAGAUAUCGCUCAGUUUGAACGAUUUUCGGAAUGGUUUGCCUGAGAAUAUUUUCCGGAACCUCGGCCGACUCGAAAACUUCACAUGCUGGCGAUGUGGCUUACAGAGCCUCCACGCCGGUGUUUUCCGUGGAGCAACGCGAUUGUAUCGACUCGAUCUGGGACAAAACGAAAUAUCCAUACUGGACAACGACACAUUCCGGGAGAACCCGCGAUUGCAAUUCCUGUCUCUAUCGAACAAUAGAUUGAGCGAUCUCGAAGGGCUUAACUUGCCGCCGCAGCUGAAAACCCUGGAGCUGCAAUCGAACCAACUUUCCACGUUGCCGAAGGAUCUGUUCGAGUUGGCGCCGAGUCUUGUUUCGAUCAAUUUGGGGAGGAACGCGAUCCAUCAUUUGAAACCCGGCACGUUCUCGAUUCUGUCACAGCUCAGAGCCCUCGACCUAUCGCAAAACCUACUGACGAAUUUCAGCUCCUCACACUCCACCCAGUGGGUCGAAAUCAGAGAUGUGAACCUCAAUCACAACCGACUGACGACAAUGCCAAAUAUCCAGUCCCAUAACAUAGUCCAUUUCGAGAAAUUCUCCAUGAGACACAACAAAAUCCGUUUUGCUCGCAUGCUCCCCUUCCGCUCCCCGAAAUUGGAUAUUGAUCUCCGCGACAAUCCAUUAGAGACAGUCGACGUUUCGUACCUGAUGGACAAUUUCAGCGCGGGCGACGAAAGCCCGAAGCCGAGGAUCCAGUAUAUGAUCGACGGUCCCCUCAAGUGUGAUUGCCACCUCCUUCGAUUCUAUCAGUACAUAAAGAACAAGACCAUCGAGUUCGGCAGCUUUCCCGAGAAACUGCUACAAUGCCGAGGACAGACCGAACCUUUCCUAUCGAUGACCGAAGAGGACUUCCGCUGUAAGUUGAAUGAGACGGAAGGUUGUCCUCAACCCUGUGAUUGCGAUAUCGCAGAGAUUGAUCGCAGCGUUCGGGUUGACUGUUCCGGCAGGAAUCUGACAACGUUGCCGCCGCUCCCAGAGAAAACAACAGAACUUGAUUUGUCUAACAACCACUUCGAAGAAGUCCCAGCAUUCCCAGAGACCUCUCGGCUCCGCGAAAUCGAUCUCAGCAACAAUCACAUACACGACAUCUCGAACUUGGUGGCUCGCCACGGCGAGGGCUGGACCGACGUAUCGUUGGCGAAUAAUUCCAUCAGGUACAUAGGAAGCUUACGGAAGGAAAACUACCGAGUCGAUUUCUCGGGCAACCUCUUCGUUUGUACCUGUGAUACUUGGACGGCUCUCCAGAACUACUUCAAAGACGUGGAGGUAAAAGAGCGGCGGAGAGUCGCUUGCGACGAGCUCGUGAACCAAACUUAUCUCUCGAUGAAUGAUUUCCUCAACGACAGCAGCUGCGACCCGAUUAUCGAGAAUCAAAAAGCCGUCAAUAGGCUCACCGUCAUUCUCGUGUGCUCUGCGGCGCUCCUUAUCGUGCUGAUAACGAUCGUCUACUACAAAAACCGGCGUCGGAUCAUUGUUUACAUGUUCACUCAUCAUUACAAUAUAUACGUCCUCAUCUGGCCGGACAGCGAGGUUGACUGCGAGAAGACUUAUGACGCUUUUGUCUCUUUCUCUGAUCAAGACAUAAACGUCGUACACGAGAUCAUCAAGGAGCUCGAGAAAAUCGACCCAAGCAGCGGCGAGCCGACCUACAAAUUGUGCCUCCACUACCGCGAUUGGAUUCCGGGAAACUCGAUCGUUUAUAACAUUGUGAAUUCCGUUCAGAAUUCACGCCGUACCGUUUUGGUCCUUUCGGAGAAUUUCAUCUCGUCUGUCUGGCUGAAUGUGGAGUUCCGAGCGGCGCUAACGCAGAUGAUCGAGGACCGUUCUCACAAGCUCAUAAUCGUCGUCAUAGGAGAGCUGCCCUCGGAGAAGAAACUGGAUAAAGAGCUCCAAGAUCUCCUCCAGAAUACCUAUCUCAAAUGGGGAAACCCGGGAUUCUGGGACCAUAUCCGUUUCCUCCUGCCCCACAAAAAUCAAAAGAGCAAAGGAAUCGAUAAAACUAAAUCUGUGCUCAAUGGUCAUCCGAUGACUCGGAUCUUGUUGGAGAGUCGUCCGACCUCGGCUAAUCUAGCUCGAACGGCUGAGACUCUCGAGAACGAGAAGAAUCGUCUGAAAUCGAUUGCUCAGCCGGUUGGCGGCACCUUGGAUAGUGCGAAUGGUCACAUCAAUGACGCUUAUGUGGCAGUGAGCACGGAGGACAUCAGCGUUCACUGUGAUUCGUUCAAGAAUGAAGAUAAGCCGAAAGUUACUUCGGGCAGACACUGUCCGCGAUCCGCGAAUGCUGUUCGACCCCCUCGCAAGCGGGACAAAGUCGACAGUGACGCGUGA